GGAACAUUUUUAAGAAAAAUUAUUUAAUUAAAUCAAAAACCUAAAUUGCCAAAUUUUAGUUAACCCAAAAAUAAUGAAAAAACGCUAAAUAUAACCUUUUAACCUAACAAAUUUAUAAAUAAAAGUAUUAAUCGAAUGUGAUCAUUGAACGCACGUGGGCGUUUAUGACCUUUUCGUUUGACAUUUGGUUAGUUAGAAGUGGAUGUAUAUGAAGUUAGCUAGAUACACCCGAUACACCCUUAAAGAAAUAGGUAUGAGUGUGUGUAGAUCUUUAAAAUGCAGAAUAGGUCCAUCAAUUUUAAACUCGGACCUUUCACAAUUAUACGCCGAAAGUCAACGUUUAUUGGAUAACGGCGCCGAUUAUCUACAUUUAGAUGUUAUGGAUGGCCACUUUGUACCUAACCUCACUUUUGGGCACCCGGUUGUUAAAUGUCUUAGAAAAAAGUUAAAAAAUACUUUCUUUGAAACACAUAUGAUGGUUUCAAAUCCAGAGCAAUGGAUCGAACCUAUGGCAGAUGCUGGUGUUAAUUUAUAUACAUUCCAUGUUGAACCUGUUCAAAAUGAUGUUUUAAAAAUCUGCAGAAAAAUAAAAGAAUCUGGAAUGCAAGUUGGUUUAGCUUUAAAGCCAGGAACAGGCAUCGAAGCUGUUAGGCAAUUCAUCGAUGCUGCAGAUUUAAUUUUGGUGAUGACUGUUGAACCUGGAUUUGGGGGUCAAAAAUUUAUGUCUGAUAUGAUGCCUAAAGUGCAGUGGUUGAGACAAAAUUAUCCAUUAUUAGAUAUAGAAGUUGAUGGAGGUGUUGGUUUAAAUACAAUUAAUGCAUGUGCAGAGGCUGGUGCUAAUAUGAUUGUAUCAGGAACAGCUGUAACUGGAGCUCCGGACCAAAAAUCUGUAAUCGCAACAUUGCGCGAAACUGUUGAAAGAUCUAUUCAUAAGUGCAAUGUUUAAAAAUACUAACAAAAAUAUCUAUUUUUUUAUCAUCUAAGAUUAAAAGAAAUAACAAAAAGGUUGAAAACAAGAAAACGAACUGUUGAUAUUUAGGAUAAAAAUUUAUUACUUAUUUUAUUAAUUU